AGUGCAAGUAAUGACGACGGUGCCUAUGUCUGCCUCUUGUUUCGGAUGGUGCUGCUCCAAGAAGUCCUCAUCUGUGUCCCUGGACGUGUCUCACGACACCCUCCAGGGAGGGUUCAAUUUCUUCUCGAACAACGCAGACAAGGAACGGCUGGGCCUGGAGGGAUUAUUAGUGGCCGGGAAGGCUGAGGAAAAGAACAAGCGCAAGGACCAUGACGAGAGUAAGGACGAGGAGAAGGAGGAGACCAGUUGGGAGAGGAUGUCCUUGUCAGGGGCAGCGUUACCCCUCGACGACAUGAAAGCUCCUUUUCAAUUGAUCGACGAGUCCAUCCGACACUUUCCCAAGUCCUCUGCUAGGCUCGACCCAGUUGGAGUCCAGCCAGGUCUUGAGAAUGGCGUCGGAGGGAAGGAGGUCCUCACCGUCGUCAGGACUCGUCCUGCUUGGAAUCCUCGAGCCAUCUUACCACUUUGGCAGACACGACGGAGAAUACUGAAGCAGAAGCUGAACUCUCGUAAAGGUUCGGGAAGCCCUCAUCGAUCCCUGACAAAGUCUCAAUUGCACCAAGUAGACCUGACUUGGAAUGAACUACAAAAAUCCAACACCACUUCCAUCUUGAAGGAGGUUCUCACUGAGGAAUUAUUCCAACAUCUCCGGACCCGUUGCACCCAAAACGGGAACGGUCUUCAUGACAUCAUCAAAUCGGGGGUAUUGUACGCUGACUCAAAAAUCGGCGUGUACGCACCAGACACGUGGUCGUACGAAGUCUUCUGGCCCCUCUUUAAAGAAGUUUGUCAGAGAUACCAUGGGGUGACGUGUCAAUUCCAGUCUGGCUUCUGGGACUCGCAAAUUCCUUCUCUGCCGCUCCAAAUGGAUUCCACCGGACGGGCAAUCAUCUCCACCCGGAUACGAGUCACAAGAAACCUAAAGGAUUUCGAACUGCUGCCGAAUUUGUCAGAAAAGGGGCUAUUGGAGAUAGAAAAGAUCGUCGUACAGGCCUUGACCAAGUUCACAGGCAAAAUCAAAGGUCACUAUCACCCCAUCGCCUCCAUCUGCAAGAUUGCCAAAGAGUUUUCUCAUUUCGUGUUUCAGAAAGACGACAAGUUCUUGGAGGUAAAGAUCCCUCUCCUCUUUCUUGCA